GCGAUCACCUUCUAAGCGCUCGCUGCAAAGUCCAGCUUGCUUCGUCAAUCAUGGCGUACAGAGUUCUGGAGGUCACCCUCCUGUCGGCCAAGGAUCUGAAGAACGUGAACCUGAUCACGCGCAUGGAGGUGUACGCCGUUGCCACCAUCUCCGGCGACCCGAUCACGCGGCAGUGCACCCCGCCGGAUCCCCACGGCGGCCGCAACCCGACCUGGAACGCCACGCUCCGGUUCUCAGUCCCGCCCACCGUGGACGCAACCACAGGCGGCGGGUGCCUCCACAUUCUCCUCCGCGUCCAGCGCAUGUUUGGCACCGACCGUGACGUCGGCGAGGUCAUCGUGCCCCUGACUGAGAUCCUCGCCGGCGUCGGCGACCACGGCGGCGACGACCUCAGCGGCCCUACACUGCCGCAGUUCGCGUCCUACCAGAUCCACAAGGUGCACCGCACUGAGACGUGCGGCGAGCUUUACCUGACGUACCGUCUCGGCCCCGUCGUCGCGACCCAGCAGCCGGUACCCCUGUGGGUAAGGAACGACGAGCUGCCCGUCGUGGCGUACCCGGUGCCGGAGAAACUGAUGCGGCCGUUGACUCCCCCGCAGGUUCUCUGGCCCGGGCAGGUAGUCGCACCGCCGCCUACGAAACCAGCCGGCUAUGUGGCUGUGCCGCUUUCGACUGCAAAACCGCCCGGGCAUGUGGAUGUGGAAGUGCCGUCUCCGAAACAUCCGGGGUACGCGGCCAUGCCAUCGUCUCCGAAGCCAGUCGGACAUGCCGCCGUGCCGCCGUCUCCCAAGCCAUCCGGUCAGGCGCUGUCCAUGCCGCCUUCUCCGAAACCAGUUGGGCGUGUGGUGUCCAUGCCACCGUCUACGAAACCAUCCGGGGAGCAGGCGGUGUCCAUGCCGCCGCCUCAGACACCAGCCAGGCCUGUGUUGUCCACCCCACCACCUCCGAAAGCAUCCGGGCAGGCGGUGUCCAUGCCGCCUUCUACAAAACAAGUCGAACGGGUGGUGUCCAUGCCGCCGCCUCAGACACCAGCCAGGCAUGUGGUGUCCACGCCACCGUCGCCGAAACCAUCCGGGCAGGCGGCGCCCAUGCCGCCUUCUCCCAAACAAGUCAAACGGGUGGUGUCCAUGCCUCCGCCUAAGACACCCGCCAGGCCUGUGUCCAUGCCACCAUCCCCUCAACCAUCGGGGCAGCCAGAGGCGGUGUCCAUGCCGCCUUCUCCAAAACAAGUCGAACGGGCGGUCUCCAUGCCCCCGCCUCAGACACCAGCGAGACCUGUGGUGUCCAUGCCGCACUCAACAAAUCCAGUGGGGCGUGUGGUGUCCAUGCCUCCCCAAAAACAAGCAGGUCAACAUGUUUCCAUGCCGCCAUCUCCAAAACCCGCCGGACAUGUCACCCUGCCAUCUUCGACUUCACACCCAUCCGGUCAUGCAAUGCCGCCGUCUCCAAAACCAGUCAGUGGACAUGUAUCCGUGCCGCCGUCUCCAGAGCCAGCCGCCGGACAUGUGUCCUUCCCGGCAUCUCCAACAUUCUACAGCGGGCCCAUGUCCAUGCCACCGUCUCCAAAACCACCUGUCCAUGAGGCUGUGUCACCGCCUCCAAAAUCUAACGGGCUCGUGGCUGCCAACUUGCCGGCGACGGCAAAUAAUUCCAGCAACAUGGAAUUCGGGUGGGGGCUGGGCGCCGGGCUGGUCAGCGGCGCGAUCAGCGGGAUGCUGGCCGGCGGUAAGAGUAGGAACGGCCGCGUUUUCAACGGAAGUCAUUCCGUUCGGCCGUAG